UGUAGUUUUCAGCGCUCCCCCAGAGGUGGGCAGGAGCAGAAGCCUGUGUUGCUGCCUGCCCUCCUUCCUUCAUUUCCCAUCGUGCUGAGGCGGGUGGUAUGGCGGAGAAGGAUGACACCGGAGUUUGACGAAGAGGUGGUGUUUGAGAAUUCUCCACUGUACCAGUACUUACAGGAUUUGGGACACACAGAUUUUGAAAUAUGUUCUUCUUUGCCACCAAAAACAGAAAAAUGCUUGCCAACAGAGGGACCUCAGAAACCUCCCACCAGAGUCCUACCAAAACCAGGCAUCCUGUUCAGACUGGCAGACACCAUCAAGAGCUGGACUUUUUCUUCUCAGUGCAGUAGGAAGGAUGCCUUACUCCACAAGUUGGAUACUGGAUUCCGACUGGACUCACUACACACCAUCCUUCAACAGGAAGUCCUGCUCCAAGAGGAUGUGGAGCUAAUUGAGCUACUUGAUCCCAGCAUCCUGUCCGCAGGGCACCCUCAACAGGAAGAUGGACACCUUCCAGCGCUCCGCUCCCUGGCAACCCCGAAUGUUUGGGAUGUCUCCAUGCUCCUUGCCUUCAUCAGCUUGCUCAUUAUGCUUCCCACUUGGUGGAUUGUGUCUUCCUGGAUGGUAUGGGGAAUAAUUCUAUUUCUUUACUUGAUCAUGCGAGCUUUGAAAUUAUGGAGGACAGCCAAGCUGCAAAUGACUCUGAAAAAAUAUAGGGUCCGUUUGGAAGAUAUGGCAGCAAAUAGCCGAGCCUUCACCAACCUUGUGAGAAAAUCUCUGCGUCUUAUCCAAGAAACUGAAGUCAUUUCCAGGGGAUUUACUCUUUUGCUUGACAGGGUCAGUGCUGCUUGCUCAUUUAAUAAAGCUGGACAGCAUCCCAGCCAGCAUCUCAUCGGCCUGCGGAAAGCCGUCUACAGAACUGUCAGAGCCAACUUUCAAGCUGCAAGGCUAGCCACCCUGUACAUGCUGAAAAACUACCCCCUGAACGCUGAGAGUGACAAUGUGACCAACUACAUCUGUGUGGUACCUUUUAAGGAGCUGGGCCUUGGCCUCAGUGAAGAACAGAUAUCCGAAGAGGAAGCUCAUAACUUGACAGAUGGCUUCAGCCUGCCAGCCUUGAAGGUUUUGUUCCAACUCUGGGUGGCGCAGAGUUCAGAGUUCUUCAGGCGCUUAGCCCUGUUACUUUCUACAGCCAGUUCGCCUUCAGGGCCCUUGCUUACUGAGACGCUCUUGCCUCAUCGCAUUCUGUCUGAUGUGACUCAGGGUCUACCUCAUGCUCACGCUGCCUGCUUAGAAGAGCUGAAACGCAGCUAUGAGUUCUUCCGGUACUUUGAAACUCAGCACCAGUCAGCACCCCAGCGCUUAUCCAAAACUCAGCCCAAGUCCAGAGAACUGAGUAACGUCCACACAGCCGUGCGUAGCCUCCAGCUCCAUCUGAAAGCAUUACUGAACGAAGUAAUAAUUCUUGAAGAUGAACUUGAAAAGCUUGUUUGUACUAAGGAAACACAAGAGCUGCUAUCAGAGGCUUAUCCAAUACUAGAACAGAAACUUAAACUGCUUGAGCCCCACGUUCAGGCCAGCAACAGUUGCUGGGAAGAAGCCAUUUCUCAAGUGGAUAAAUUGCUGCGGAGGAAUACAGAGAAAAAAGGCAAACCCGAAGUGGCGUGUGAAAACCCACACUGUGCCGCAGCACCCUUGAUGCGGCCCACUCUGCACAUUGAGGACAGAGACCCCAUCCCCGAGGAGCAGGAACUAGAAGCUUAUGUGGAUGACAUAGACAUCGAAAGUGAGUUCCGAAAGGAUGAUUUGUAUCACUUGUCUCCAGAAGACAAAGAGAGGCAGAAACGUGAGCAGGAAGAAUCCAGGAGGGUGCUGCAGGAGUUAAAAUCUGUGCUGGGAUUUAAAGCUUCAGAGGCAGAAAGGCAGAAAUGGAAGCAACUUCUGUUUAGUGACCACGCUGUGUUGAAAUCCUUGUCUCCUGUAGACCCAAUGGGAUCUGUAAGUAAUUCAGAAACACCCAUGAACUCAGAUACAGGAGCAGUCGGUAGGCAUGGUCCUGAAGAGGAAACUAGUGAGCCCUCCACAAGUGACCCUGAAAGGGGUAGGACUGAGUUUGUGUGUGAGAGCCCUCCUCCAGAGGGUGGCAAUAAAGACCCUUCUGAAACCGAAGCCUUCCUCCAAGGAGCCGAAGAAAGAAUGCUCUACCAGUGUGAGAGUGAGGCUGAGUCCCCUCAAGCUGCCACCGCUGCCACCGCCGGGGCCGCCACCCCUCCAACUCCCAGAGACUCACUCCAGCUCUCCAUCAAGCAGAGGCUGGCCCGGCUGCAGCUGGCCCCAGAAUUCACCUUCAGUGCUGGCCUGGCCGCAGAAGUGGCUGCCAGGUCCCUCUCGUUCACCUCCAUGCGGGAACAGACUUUUGGCGAUGAGGAGGAGGAGGAACCAGUAGCUGAAGGAAGUGAGAAUGAGGUGGAGGAGAAGUAAAAGUCACGAUGAAGGAUUUUUGGUUGGUCCUUUCAUAAAGAUGUUUCAGCUUCAAGACUGGAAAGGAAAUGAGUGUGUGUUUACUCUAUAGAAAGCUAAGGCGGGUUUACAGGGCGAGGACUCAUUGGAAAACCUGACCUGAAAUCAGUAGAGACCUGGCUAGACAGGUCUUUUAGGAGUAGGAGAGGGAGGUAAGGGCAUUUUGGAAGAAACUGCUGUUUCAUUUAUGGCACAGCUGAUAAUCUUGGCAAUUCUUUAAGUACUUUUAAUAAGAAAUGAAUUUAUCAUUUUUUGUUUGCCAAAACUUGCUGCCAUAAGGUAACUGGGAUGGUCUCCUGCAGAGCAUAAACAUUUAGAAUGAGCUCUUUCUAUUGUCUUUGCAGUGUGUAACUGCAGCGAUCAUGUUAAUAUGUUGUUCGUAUUUUAUUUUGUUUAUACCACUCCUAAAACAAAGAUACAGGUUCUGAAUAAAAAUAUUUAAUUACUACAA